AUGUCGCCCGCGACGCCGCCGCGGUCACCAAGCCCAACCAAGAGCCGUAGCAGUCCACCCAAAAGAGGCGACUCGCCUACGAAAGGUAGAGAUAGCCCUACGAAGUUGAAGCUCGAAGUCGGCCAGAACGGAUUCCACUUCACAUGCGAGAUUCCCGAGAGCAAGAUCGUGCCGAACAAGCCGAACAAGGACGUCAGUAGAGGUUCCGUCCCGAGCCGCGACCCCAGUGAAGGGAACGCCUUCGGAACGCACGAGCCCCGCGAAGCAGAUCCCGUCAAGACCCCCGUUUGGCUCGCCGCUCGUGAAGAAAGAGAUACCAGGAAAGCCUACCGUCAGAAAUUUGGCUGUUUUCAAGUCAAGUGCCACGAGGAAUGGAUUGCCGAGGAAGUCCGCUCAUGCUUUGUCUCAUACACCCCGUUCGAAAACUACGACACCUACUCCCAACAAAUGGAAACCAAGUUGGUGGAAGGUGUGUCGACGCCACGUAAGGAUUCCAAGGAUGUACAAGACGUCGCGGAAGCAGAAGUCGCGGAAGCAGAAGUCGCGACCAGCGUGCACGUGGUAGCUGCUACACCAACAUCAACAGGCUCGCCUCGACCGCCAUUGAAUGCGACAGGACAAACCCCGACUCGAAUAAGGCGAGGGGCUUCAUUCGACAUCGGAGACAUGAUGAAGGGUCUCAGAUUGGACGCAUCGAAAUCGAGGCCUGAGGUAGUGGAGCGCGUGGGCGAGGCCAACAUUUCGGAACCACCUACACCGUUGCGAAAGGCGGCCGAGGUAAUUCAGCCCAUCGUUUCGAUUGCGGAGCUACGAUCUAAGACAGAUGGAGCACUGCCUGAGACGGUCACUGAGACCGUACCCAUCCUCCUCGCAGAGCCGGUGACAGAAAUUCGCUUCACUUCGCCGUUCAAGAUACCGGAGCAGACGCUGCAGUAUCGGCCUCUCUUAUUCCCACGUCCCGACCCUGAAGCAACCGAGGAUGAGCGUUCGCCAGCCAAGAAACAUGUCAAGUUCGAUAAAGUUUGCGACAGUUUUGCCAAGAAGUCGUCAAGACCAGUCUUUGCUAGAACAUCGGGGCAGAGCGGUACUGAUCAAGACAUCAUGCUAGCUAUGCAGCAAGAGAUGGAUGUACUUAAGUUAUCUUUGAGCAACUCCCUCGGAGUAGACUUCAGGUUUAGCAAGGGAAAGGAGAAGGAAAACACCUUUGAGCUACCAGUCAUGGCGAACUCUACACAGGGACUAGAGUCCAAUAUGCCAGCGGCGACUAGACCCAAAAGGGCUUUGCUGCGGACUACAUCUGAGGUGUCAAACACAUCGAACUCAACGACGCAUUCGUCCGUCCGGGCAAGCAUGUUUAUGCACCCGAAGCGGUCUCCGAGUAAGCUUCCUACUCCUCAACUGAAAGCCCCGAAGUGGCCAUAUGCGAGCAAGACGCCUGUGCAGGCACGCAGGGAGCAGUUGACUGCCGCGAAGGUGGACGAGCAUGAGGAUCAUAAGCAACUGAACAACGCUCACCGCAACGUGCCAGCGAGCGCUUCGCCCAUGAAGACUGCCCCAGCUUGCCCAACGCUCAACUCCGAUGGCAUCCCGAUUCCCAAGUUCGCCAGCGCGCAGGCCAUCGCAGGCCGCAUCGCCGAAUGGAACAGUGAAGAUAGGAAGAAAGCUGCGAUGGGCACGCCGCGAAAACCAGACCCGACACCGAGCAAACGGAGGAAGAUGGAUAGUACCACUCCCAAGGAUUCACCAGCGAAGCAGGAAUCCAACACUCCAAAAACUUCGCCGACUAAACCCUCGCGCCUCGUGCCACCGAAAGUCAAGUCCCUCGCAUUGACACCCAAACGUCCGGCUCCUGCUACUCCACAGGCGCAGAACAAAGCACUUGCGCGUCUGAGGGGUGCGGUGCCUAGUACGCCGGCGUCGAGGGCGCUGGAUCCGAACGCGUAUCGCACGCCGAGUAAGGAGAUUGAGAGCAGUUUGGAUGCGGCGAUUGAUCGCAAGAUCGAGGAGGAUGCGAGGGCUGGGAAGGUAUUUACGCCCGGGGGAAAUCGCGUCGGGGUGUUGAUUGAGGCGAGGAAGUGGCGCUAG